UUAAAAUUCAUUCUCCAUCGUAGAAAGGCUGAAGUUAGAAGUUACAAACAGUCACCACAAAGGAUUGAAGUAAACUAAAAACAUCGAUUAAGUGCAUCUCGGUUUGGCAGGAGUCAGAACCCAUUGCUAAAAGGACUUUUUUUUAGAACCUUUCCUGAGAAAACUUUCCUGUCAUGGAACCGGUAAGGAAUGAUGAAGCGGAAAAAAAUUGUGCGGCUGACGCUUCCGAUUCGAACGAAACCCAAACGAUGACGGAACCGAACAGAUCAAGUGGAGGAAAUUUGGAAGAAAACCGCAAUUCAGUUGGGUGCACAACGAUGUCGCAGGAUCUUCGUAGCGGGAUUUUGUCCACUGAUUCCAAUGUAUGUGAAACCAGCACUCAGCGGUGUUCCGAUUUUACUCUUAGUCAAGCGCGAAAAUUUCGAUCCCCGGCUGGCAACGAAUUCAUCAAGAAGAAAACGUCAACCUGUAAGAAAAUCAGCCAACUCAACUUUUCUGCCCGUUUUACACUGGAAUCCUUGGAAAUAAAACUCCAUAGCGAAGGUCGGCUGAUGUUGGUGGACGAUGAUCUACUGGCAAGAGUGACGAUCGCGAGACCGGAACUGUUGGAUGGAACACGUGAUUUUCAACAGGCAAAGCAAGUUCUACUGGAUCAGAUUCGGAUUGAGGAGGUGUAUUUCGAUGGUCUUCUUUUGGAACGAAACCAGCUACGAACGGAUUUCGUGAAUAUUCUCAAAGAUGUGGGAUCAAAAACGGCAAUCGAUCGUCGCUUCGCAAUGGACUGCAUUUCAUUGAAGACCAUUUUUGGCGAUGACGUUAGUUGCGAGCUGUCAGAUUAUAAGUGUGUGUGUGAGAAAAUUAUGAAAAGUCGGUCUUUUUCAGUGCAGCUCACCAACACAGUGACAAAGUUGUAUGAUGUCGAAUGUUCUCUGAAAAGAAGAAAUGAGCUUCUUCCGUGCAUUGCGAAUCCGUCGGAAAAGAAUUUUCAGAUAUUGCUUGAAACUCUGAAGCAGAUUCAGUCAAAUGCAAGUGAGGUUCAUAGAAAGUGUUUAUUGGAACAAGUGCCAGGAUAUUUAUCGAGUGAUUUGGAAAAUGUUUCACCCGAAAGAAUCAUGUUAAUCAGCAGCAGAGAUAUUGGGAUUCUUGCCGAUGUGGAAAACAUUUUGAAUGGAGUUGAUUUCCAGAAACCUUUGAAAAACCUGGCAAGUCGCUUCACCGCUAAUGUGAAUGGUUUUGAUAUUAGUGAAUUUAGUGUAGAGCAAUCAUUAAUCAAUCCAACUUUUGUUCUUCUGUGCAAAAGCCUGAAGGAUCUCCUGCAAAAAAUCGUCAAAAACUCGGACAUGAAGUAUUCAGAUUUGAUUCAAAUUGACACCAACACCUUUUGGAAUCCGACAUCCGAGAUAACCUGGAAAAUCAAAGGUAAUUCAGGAAAAUGUUUGGAACACGAAUAUUUGUUCAUUUUCAAACUGCUGAACCAUUUUGAGCCUGGUUCAAACACUGACUGCAAAUCAUUCGAAUACAAAUUAAAGCUUUUUGUGAGCUCCGAAAACUGCAAUCUAGCGAUUGAUCCUAGUCAAACCAUGCAGGACUCGUUCAUUUGGUGCUGUUUGUUGGAUGAUGCUCUGUCUUCGAUUGCGACCAGAAAUCAACUGAAAGCUUAUGAAAAAAUUCUUCAAAAAUAUGUUUCAUUAGUUCGAAACGUAAAUCAAGAUGAGCUAGAGUUCGUUCGAGUCGUGAGUCAUGCUUUGGUGGACUUCAUUGCUUGUACCCUUGAACUUGUGGAGAAGGACGAAGAAGACAAUUUGAAGGUCAACAGGAAAAUACUGCAAAAACAACUUCAUCUACUCAUUCCAGAAAUGUCGUUUGGCUCUUCAAAUACGAAUCGAUUCCACGAAAUGGUCGACGUUUUUAUUUUAUUUUGGAAUUAUAGGAAGGAUAUAAUUGCAAAGUUUUCUUCUAAAAUUGAUCUUCCAGAGAUGAACGAACUCGCGCAAAAAUUGUUGGAUGUCGUGAAGAUGGUUUUGGAGAAAAGUGAGGAAUUUGAAUUGAUUUUGGAGUUUUUCAAAACAUACAAUGCUUUUGUGCUUCAACUCGAUGCUCUGUCAUUUGAUUGGAUCGUAAAAACCAUUUCCGGGGUUGAGAUGCAAAAUAUGAUUCCAUGGAAGUUGAUCGAAUCAUUGAACCAAGAACGCUUUCCGGACACAUUCCGCGUGUUAAAUCCGUUGAAGUUCGUUCAGAUGAUGAAAAUAUUUCAUAGCGAAGUUGAAAUUCCUGAGCCCCAAAUGAUUCUCAUUAUGAAAUCGUGUCUUUCUCUUAUCAUGCAACAGCUAAAUCCGAAACAGUGGUCAUCAGGACUCGAUCUUUCAGCAUCAGAUCAAAUCACGACCACAAUAACUUUGAUUUCAACGUUCACAAAAUGGCUGAUGAAAUCGGAGGAUUUUUGCAAUUCACUGGAACACGAUUCUUUCAACCAUUUUCUAGCAGCUAAUGUGGAAUUACUAAACAGCAACUUUAUAGAAAAUAAAUCUGCAAAUGGUUUUGAGUUGUUUCGAAUUGACACUUGGAUUAGCAUUGAAAAGGAUUUAAUUUUGGCAUUUGCUGGAUUCGAUAAUUUCCACGACAAGCAAUCAAUUCGAAAAGCAUUCCAUAGAUAUUCAGAACAGUUUCAGCAGAGCAUGUCUUUGGAAAUGGAAAGCAGAGUCGCUCAAAUAGCAAAGAAAUUAAAAGCAACAAACAUUCGUCAUUUUAAUUCUUGGGAUGCUCAAUUUAAGCAGGUCGAGCUCCCGAAAAUCCUUGCUGGAAUCGCAGCUUUGUGGUUUACUUCAACACCUAAAACGGUAGAAAUCCCAAAUCUGGCAGAAGCUCACGGACUGCACGGUUUUCAGAUUUUGUGUAUUCUGAGGAUGCUAGGAGUUGACGAUCCUGGAACAGGAGUAUCUAAACAUUUUUCGGAGAUUCCUCCAGGAGAAGGCAAAACGUUGAUUAUUCGACUGAUCGCCAUUUUGUUGGCGUUGACGGGGCACUCAGUGCGUGUGCUUUGCUGCAACGAAUAUCAAGAAGAAAGAAAUCGAGCUGAACUGAAUCGAGUAUUUAAUGUUUUGGAUGUCGAAAACAGUAUUAGCUAUAGCACUGCUAAGGAUUUUAAUGAGUCUAAUGCCGUACUAUUAAAUGGUACACGUGUCCUUUCUUCGGGAUUCGCGGAGAAUUCACCUGAGCGACUGAUGACAGGAUCCUUAGAUAAUUCCGUGCUUUUGAUUGAUGAUAUAAAUGUGUUUUGGAGUCAUAUUUCCUACAACCAACAUUUUAUUAUCAUACUACCAGGACUCGAUAAAAUUCAAACUAAAAUAUGGAAUUUAACAAUCAAAUCAACUGUGGAAAACGCCAUCAAGAAUUGUAUAUAUGAGUAUAUUGAAUCAUCCGAGUUCCCAGAAAAAAAUAGAUGGAAGACUUUUUUGUCACUGCCAGGUGAAUUUAAAUGGAUCUCAGAUGACAAUAAGGAAAUGUCUUUCACAAAUCGAAAGUUGUUCGAUACCCAUUUAGCUGACAUGAUUCGCGAUGCUGGAGGAGUGCACAAAAAUCACAAAUGGGAGCGUCUGAAUAGUUAUUUUGAGACAUUCCACUAUUUAGCUAAUGAGAAAUCGCGAACUUCAACGAAAACCGGAGAUAAAAUUAAUUAUGGAUUUUUAAUGAUGGAAUUACCUAUAUCGAAAUUCAUCACAGCACUCAGCGACUUCCCUCUCGUUUUCGGGGUAUUUGGGGAAAAGUUUUUCAAAGAUCAAAUUAAUUACCUCGAACAGUUUUGCGACAUCAAGGAAUUUACUAAAAUGCCCUCUGUUUUCGGUUGCUCAAAACUUCAAUUCGAUAAGAGGGCAAACUUUUAUAAGGGGAUCGACGGAAGUCUUUACUUAGACAAAAUUUUCAACAUCGCUCGCUAUGUUAUCGAUUCCCAUCGUUCGGUUAUAAUAGUUUUCGAUUGGCAAAGUAAAAUGGAAAGUUUCGCAAACAAAUACGGGAAGGAUUUCAUUCGGAUUAACUUUCUGUCCGAAAGAACACCCAAUGAAGAGAAGCAACGGAUUAUUGAUGAGAUCGGUGGUGCAGGAAUUGUGACCGUGGUAUUUUGGACGAUGGCUGCAGGACUUGACUACAAAUUCAGUGAGAUCGUAGAAAGAAACGGGGGAGUGCACGUGAUUCAAGCAUUUUUUACCUACGAUACCAUUAAGGAGACCCGAAACAAGGGACUGACUGCCAGGCGCGGGAACAAAGGAAGCUACGAAAUGAUUAUUUCGAAUGCCAAAAAUUCGUACGAUGAAUUGAUUAAAGAAAGAGAAAAUGCGAUUCAGAACGACUUAAAAUCCUUACCAAGUGAGCACGCUGAACUAAUUGAACAAAAAGAGGUUUUGCGAACAUUUGUGAAUACAUUUAAGUUUUAAACGAACGGAUUUUGCUACGCCCAAAAAUAGAACAAUUAUUUUUAAAGCGAGUACGUACCGAGUAAGGAAAACCACGCCACAUUAGGUUCUAUGCAUGAAAAAGAACGUCAUCCAUCUAGUACUGAAAUAAUAUUGAAAAUAAAGAUGAAAAUGUUCCUGGGAAUAAAGUUAAUUUGAAUCACGAAUGUAAAAACGCGUUUUUCUUUGUUAAUGUCCAUACGUCUCACUUACGCCCAGUAAACCAAAUACUGCACCAAUCAAACCCAUGAAAAUGAAAAUCGACUUUUGUACCAAGGCCUGGAAGGUCGAGGGUCGAAUCAGUUCCUGGAGUACGAAAACUGUCUGUAUGUCGCUUCCGGAAUUGCAAGGUGAUA